GCUAACGAGUGGCAGCGCCGGGACAGAAGCAGGAUCAGCGGACUUGUCCCGGACAGACAGAGACUCAAAGACACCUGACCGGUCCCGGAUAUCUAGAGGAUUUUAGCACCGAGGAGUCCGUGCUGUUUAGGCCGGGAACCUCACGCUGCGGCUCGGCUUCCCCCAGCACCAGGACGCUAGCCCCCGGAACAUGCCCGCCGCUGCCCGGAGUGUGACGCCUGUUUUUCUGCUGGCUGCCGUUGGUCGACGGUUGUGAUGCGAACGGAGCCGCAGCGCGACCGAGGCAGAGACGAGGGCUCCGGCCGGAAAACACAGCUCUCCGCCCGGGAGAAUGGACUUUGUCGUCGCGGGUAAACAGACGGGCUCAGUCGGGGACGCACGCACGCAACCGCACACGGGCCUGGAUGUCAUUGUUGAGCAACAACUUUAGCAAAGCUAGCUAGCGUUAGCUCGCUCGGAUUCAUGUCGGGUUUGGUGGAGGGCAGGGAGCUCACUUUGCUAGCGUAAUGGAGGCACCCUGAGCGACGUGUUCGUUUCACUUGUCCACUUUAACACUGUCGACGAUGUGCUGACCAGCCUUCGGUCGGUUCUCUCCGAGUGAUAGGACUCUGCCGGGCGAUAGUUGAGGAAAGUUUGGCUAAUAUAUCAUUACUGACACAUUUUCUGUUUCGCACAUGUAUCUCAUAUAUUAUUUUUUUUUGUAUUGACAUUUGUGUAAAACUGCACUUUUAUUAGCCAUUUUUUGUGUCAAGGAUGCACAGAAGUCACAUGUGAACUGGGGUUUGUGAAAAACUGUUAUGUAAAUCACCCCAAGUACAAUACACCAGUCAAGGCAUAGGUUAGAUAAUCAGAUUGCACUCGGUGAAUUAAGGACCCGUAAAGGUGCCUAUACACACACAUAUUGUCAGAUAGAGACAGGCUUAUCCGUAUCAGCCAGCACCUAGUUACUGUUUAAUAUAAUAUACAGGCUGUCUGGCACAGUUAAAGGUUGAGUUUCACUGGAAAUGACACCAUGAAUAUCGAAGAGCAGCGUCUAGACUUAUGCAAUGCAAAGACAAGAAGCAACGUGGAUGAGGAUCACAACACCACCAACAACACAGAAGGAGUCACCCCUCGGAUCUGUGAACUGAUGACUGAUAGCAACACUGAAAAGCGGAUUAUUGUUCCCACAGAGGCCUCGGACACCUACGUGAUGCCUGAGCUCACCGACAACCUGCAGGCAGCUGAGGAGAAUAACCACCAGGUACAGGACACACUGGAAAUUGACGAGCUCAAUGGAAAUGGGACGAGCACGGCCCAAAACACCCCUGUGAUCGCCAACCCCACUGACUUCAUCUUCUCUAAUGAGGAGCACAAGGGUGAGGUCGGGGUGGAGGAAAUGAAGGAGGAGAAAGACACUGAUGUGGUUGUUGGUGGAAGGCAUGAUGGAGGGGACCCGGACACAGGUGUGGCUCUGAGUCUGGACAAGAGUGCAGAGUUGGAGGCCGAUUCGCCGAGCGCCACCUCGUUGUCAGACAAUGAUUCCGAGUCGGAGUCUCCGUCUCAGGAUGUCCCGGCUGGCAGCACAGCAGAAAGCCUGUCCAACGAAAGCCAGCCAAGCAGCACAGAGUCACCUGCCACGGACCAGGUGGGACUGUACCCCACCGUGGAGGAGGCGGAUGAUAAACACAAACCAAGUGGCAAAAGGGUGACGUUUCCGUCAGAUGAGGACAUUGUCUCUGGAGCAGUGGAGCCCAAGGACCCCUGGAGACAUGCUCAGAAUGUGACUGUGGAGGAGAUCAUUUCUUCCUACAAGCAGGCCUGUCAGAAACUCAACUGUAAACCUAUACCCAAAGUGCUCAAACAGAUACAGGAAUUGAAAGACCUGACACAGCGGAACGAAUGCUUAGAUCUCAAAGGUGAGAAGCUGGACUAUAAAGCCUGUGAGUCUCUGGAGGAGAUUUUGAAGAGGGUCCAGUUUAAAGUGAUUGACCUGGAGCAGACCAACCUGGAUGAAGACGGUGCGUCAGCUCUGUUUGACAUGAUCGAGUAUUAUGAGUCCGCCACACAUCUCAACAUUUCCUUUAACAAGCACAUUGGCACGCGGGGAUGGCAGGCAGCAGCUCACAUGAUGCGAAAGACGAGCUCUCUGCAGUAUCUCGAUGCACAUAACACGCCCCUGCUGGAUCACUCGGCUCCCUUUGUGGCACGAGCUCUCAGGAUCAGUGGCAGCUUGGCAGUCCUCCACCUGGAGAAUGCAGGAAUAUCUGGCAGACCGCUCAUGUUACUGGCCACGGCUCUGAAGAUGAACAUGAAUCUGCGGGAGUUGUACCUCGCAGACAACAAGCUCAAUGGCCUGCAGGAUUCAGCCCAACUUGGCAACCUGCUCAAGUUCAACUAUAACAUCCAGAUCCUGGACCUGCGUAACAACCACAUCCUAGACUCUGGUCUGUCCUACGUGUGUGAGGGACUGAAAGAACAGAGGAGAGGCCUUGUCACUUUGGUCCUAUGGAACAAUCAGCUCACACACAACGGCAUGGGCUACCUAGCUGCUGCACUGCCAUGCACUCAGAGUCUGGAGACUCUGAACCUUGGUCAUAACUCGGUGGGUAAUGAAGGGGUCCACAGGCUUAAAGACGGACUGAUUGCCAACCGCUCGGUGCUCAGACUGGGCCUUGCUUCCACCAAACUGUCCUGCGAAGGAGCGGUGGCAGUGGCUGAAUUCAUCGCUGAGAGCCCCAGACUGCUGCGCCUGGACCUUCGGGAGAAUGAGAUCAAGACGGGUGGACUGAUGGCCCUGUCGCUCGCCCUGAAGGUCAACACCUCUCUGCUGCGUCUCGAUCUCGACCGGGAGCCCAAGAGAGAAACUGUGAAGAGUUUCAUUGAGACCCAGCGUGCGCUGCUGGCUGAGAUCCAGAAUGGUUGUAAGAGGAACUUCAUCCUGGCCAAAGAGAAGGAGGAAACCGAGCAGAAGAUGAGACAGUCCGCAUCCAUGGCUGAAAUCGCCACAGAGGAUGGAACCACAGAAGAAGAGGAGGGGGAAGCACCAGCAUCAGAGGCGAAAGACGACAAGGAAGGGAAAGAAGGAGAAAUAGUGGAGGUGAUCGAAACAACAGGAAAAGAAGAACAGGCAUGCAUCCAGGCUGGAGCGAGCUCUGAGACAAACGUGGAGUCUGAUUCAGACACUGAGGAUGAUGAGGAGGAGGAGGAGGAGGUGAUAACAAAGUCCUGCUCCACAAACACAAACCAGGCUGCUCCUCAAACCCAGCAGGGGGCCGUACAGCCCCCCCUCAGUGCCUCUGGGACUUCCUCGUCCCCGUCUGAUCCACCUGCAGGAGGGCCAUGUAUCAUUCCGGACAUCACCAUCACAGAAUCCCCAGCUCCCCCUGGCACUCCUCCAUCUCCCGGUCGCUCUAUAUCAGUCUCAAGCCCGGGGCGGGGUCGUAAGGUCUUCACGGUUACCCGGGUGGAAAGCCCCCCCUACCAGCAGCAGCAGCAGUUAGAACUCCAGAGAGCUGCACUGGCAGCUCUCAGCCAAACUAAAGAGCUCUCAAAGAAGCCCAUGACACCUCCUGCCUCUGAAACACCCACAGAAACACAGCAGACACAGGAGGAUGUGAAAGAGCACUCACCUGCACCCGCACUGUCAACAGACUGUACCCUGACGGAGCAGAGUUCUAUAGCACACUCGGAGUCCACAGUAAAUACUCCACUGACACACACAGAGACACAGUCGACAAGUCCACCCACAGAAGAUGUAACAGCUAGUACUUUAGACCCCAAAGUCACAGAUCCAAAUCUACAAGCACCGGCCCUGCCCUCCGACUCCUCAGCAGCACAGGCUGGAGAAGUUCAGCUCACUGAGGACGUUAUACAGAGCACGCAAAGCCCCCAACCUGAAAACACUUCUGUAGAAGGAGAGGAGGAGAAGGUAGAAGAUGGCAGAGAACUGAUGUCCCCUGAUAGUACAGAGGAAGAGUGUAAACAGUCAGAUGAACCAAGUCAAACCCAUGAUAGUGUUCCUGCAGUAGACACGCAACCUCCAAAACCUGUACUUGAACAACUACAGAUUGAGUUAGCAUCUGUGUCAAUGGAGAACCAGUCACCACACCAAACGCAGGAAGAGGAGGAGGAAAAGGAAGCAUCGGCCCCCCUGUCAGAAAUCGAAAACCCCACUUCGACAGAGGAAGAGGACAACCAGCCAAACCAAGAGGAACCAAGUCCAAAGCAGCAAACAGAGGCAGAUGAAGAGAGCGUUAAGCCUGUUCUCUCAGUCCUGACUGAUCAAGAGGCUCCUGCUGCCUCUCAGAGUGAUACACAAGAGACAAGUCUUCAAGCAGAAGAAUCCUCAGAGAGGAAGACUGUUCUCUCUGUCCUGACUGAUCAACAGGCUCCUGCUGCCUCUCAGAGUGAUACACAAGAGACAAGUCUUCAAGCAGAAGAAUCCUCAGAGAGUCCAGAAUCUGCUUCGACUGGCUCUGUCUCCCCAGUGAAAGUGGAGGAUUCAGCCGAUGAGAGCUCUGCAGACGAGUGUUUCCCUGAAGCUCUGGACCAAGAGGAGGUGAAUUCAGCUCUACCUAACGGCCUCAAGCCAGAGUUCUCCCUCCAUCUUCUCGACCCCGAGAGCCCCAAACCUGGCAGCUGUGUGAUGGAGCACGUGAGUGUGAGCUGUACACAGGACCUGGAGGAGCUGCUGCUAGAGGCCAGUUUGGAAACAGGAAGAGACGCACCAUGAGGUUGUGAGGGACCGCGAGGACAUGAGAGCACUCAGCUAGUUUGUCUGGCUCUACUGCGUGACUGAUAAACCUCUGAUGUUUCUGUCGUUUCUUUGACUUUACCACCAACAUCCCCUUUCCAUGAAGGACAGACGACCUGGAGUUACAGUAAAAGCUCCGCGUGCGAGAACUCAAGCAACUUCUGGAAAAUACACAAAGGACAAAAUCGAACUGUGGAGCUCGGCUGUGACAAAUAAGGAAUCCUCUACAUCCACACUACAUUCACCACGUAUACAUAUACACUGAGUAAGAGAAAGAGGAGGGGAGAAGAGGAAUAAAGUCACCAUGUUAUCACUACAUUUUGUCAUAUCUGCGAUCUUUACACACAAAGCAUCUGACGGAGAGACAAUGGAGGACAGAGGAGGGAGGAUGAACCCCGAACCAAAGACAGAACACAGACCUUUCCCACAAUCCAUACUCGCUCUCUUAUGUAUCGACUGUAGUUGGGGAAAUAACUAGCAUUUAAAGGUUUUUCAUAACACGCACACAGAGACCUAACGAGGACAAGGACGAUGAGAAAAGUAUAGUUGGUGGCACACACAGAAGACCAGAUAAAAGUCGGGGACCAUGCUGCGGGGACCUGCUGGCUUUACACACUUGUUCUCCAAGUGGAAGUCGAUCACCGUCGGAGGCUUUUAUAUUCACGUAAGCUGAAGAUGUCAACGUGUCUGUUUAAAUGUCAGCGUUUUACGUCUGUGUACCCUCCCUCAAUUAGCCUCUUACGAAAAGGAAAAAAAAACAAAAAAAAAACUCUAAGGGACCUUUGCCAAAGUGGUUUUCCUCUCGUCUGUUUCUUGUCCUCUGCUCACUUUGGCCCCUCAGGAAUCAGCGUCCCCUCCCGCUGAUGUGGAGGACCUGCUGCCGUCGGCCACCGCUACAACAAAACGGCUUCUUUCUUUUUAAGUCACAAUGCUGAAAAAAAACAACAGAACAUCUGCGAAUGUUGGAAAGCAAUGCUGUAAUCUCUUGGUUCAGUUAUUUACAGUUUAAAGAAGUUGUCGUCGUUGAUUCUCAGACACUCUGUGGUAACCUCCCCUCUCCUCCCUCCUGUCGCUCAGUCUUCCGUUGGUACUCGGUGCCGCCUCACCUCUCCGCUCCAGCUCAUCAUCCAUGUUGCCUUCAAAGUCGUCACUUCACUCAUCCUUUGUUUUUUUUCGUUUUGGCUGCUUUGAGAAAUCAGUUCUUUUCUAUUUAUUUCACGGCUGUAUGAGCCUCCUCUGAUUUAUUUUUCCCUCUUUGUCUUCUUCACCACCUCCUCAUUUUAUCUCUUUUUUUCAUUUAGGGGUUGCUUUUAAUGGUUAACCUCCUUUUUUGAUGUAUAUUUCAGAUUCACAAUAGAGCAAAUAUUUAGUUUAGAAUAUUUUUUUCUUUUAAGGGC